AUGGGGACUCCUCAAUCGGAGCGACUAGCGAUGAUUCAGAGUCCAAGAACGCUUGGCUCUGGUAGGGUUUUGAGAACUCCACUCAGUGAUGAAACCAUGUGGAAGCGGCUUCGAGAUGCAGGGUUUGACGAAGAGUCCAUCAAACGGAGGGACAAAGCUGCUCUCAUCGCUUAUAUUGCCAAAAUCGAAGCUGAGAUCUAUGACCAUCAACAUCACAUGGGCCUUCUGAUUUUGGAAAGAAAAGAUUGGGCUUCCAAGCAUGAGCAACUCAAAGCCGCUGCUGAAUCCGCCGAGUUAAUGUAUAAGCGCGAGCAGGCUGCACACUCUUCUGCUUUAGCUGAAGCAAAGAAACGGGAAGAUAAUUUGAAGAAGGCUCUAGGAAUCGAGAAAGAAUGUGUUGCCAAUAUUGAGAAGGCAUUGCAUGAGAUGCGGGCAGAAUGUGCUGAGGCAAAGGUCGCAGCAGAGAGUAAAUUGACCGAAACGCGAAGUAUGAUGGAGGAUGCUCAGAAAAAAUUCAGCGAGGCUGAAGCGAAGAUGCAUGCAGCUGAAUCUUUGGAAGCAGAAGCAAGCCGCUGCCACUGUGCUGCUGAAAGGAAGCUCCAUGAAGUUGAAGCGCGUGAAGAUGACCUUAGGAGGAAGAUAAUUUCAUUCAUUCAAUUAGUAUACAUGUAUUCGUCACUUUGUUCUGUCUGUUGUGCUACUCGUGCCACCAUGUUUUGUGAUGCAAAAGAGAAAGAGAUUCUUCUUGAGAGGCAAUCUUUAUCUGAAAGGCAAAAAACUCUGCAGCAAUCACAAGAAAGAUUACUAGAUGGGCAAGCAUUGCUAAAUCAGAGGGAGGAACACAUUUUCAAUAGAUCUCAGGAAUUAGAUCAGGUUGAGAAGGAGUUGGAGGCAUCAAAAGCAAACAUUGAGAAAAAAUUUAGAGCCAUAAAUGAGAUAAAAACAAAUCUGGAGCUGGAGGCCACUUCAUUAUCAGCAAGAGAGGAGGCUGUUAUCAAAAGGGAAUGUGAGCUGAGAAAGAAAGAGGAAGGACUGCUUAUUCAACAGGAGAAACUUGCAAGCAAGGAGUCUAAUGGAAUUCAGCAAGUAAUGGCUGAUCAUGAAGCUUCUUUGAAAAUUAGGGAGUCUGAAUUUGAAGCACAAUUGGAAAUUAAGCGCAAAUUGGUGGAAGAGGAAAUUGAGAACAGGAGGAGGGCUUGGGAGUUGAGGGAAGUGGAUCUUAGUCAGAGAGAGGACUUAAUAUUGGAGAAAGAGUAUGAGUUGGAGAAUCAAUCAAACACAUUGGCAGACAAGGAGAAGGAUUUAAUGGAGAGAUCGGAUUUACUUGAGGGGAAAGAGAGAACUCUUGCUGCUGCAGAAAAUGACGUGGAGGUGAAGAAAACCCUUUUGCUGAAAGAAAAAGAAGAGAUCCUCAACAUGAAGAUUGACGUUCAAAAAUCUUUGGAUGUACUGGAAAACAAAAGGAAAGAAAUUGAUCAUGCAGAAGAGAAAAUAAAGGACAUGAGAAAAGAAACAAACGAAUUAAUGGUUUUAGAAAAGAGACUUAAAGAAGAAAUUGAUAUGAUUAGAGCCCAAAACCUGGAACUGGAAAUUGAGGCAGAUAAGUUGAAGGCAGAGAAGGACAAGUUUGAAACUGAGUGGGAGUUGAUUGAUGAAAAGAGAGAAGAGUUACAAAAGGAAGCGGAGCGUGUUGCUGAGGAAAGGCUAGCAAUUUCUAAGUUUCUGAAAGAUGAGCGUGAUAGCCUGAAAUUGGAGAAGGAUGCAAUGCGGUAUCAAUAUAAACAUGAUGUCGAGUCACUUUCUCGUGACCGGGAAGCCUUGAUGAGCGAAAUGGAGCGUGAGCGUUCCGAGUGGUUCAGCAAGAUUCAGAAAGAACGUUCAGAUGUGUUACUGGAUAUUGGGAUGCAGAAAAGGGAGCUUGAGAACUGCACUGAUAAGAGGCGUGAAGAAAUAGAAAGCCAUCUUAGGGAUAGAGAGAGAGAUUUUGAGGAAGAAAGGAAGAAAGAACUUCAACAUAUUGUGUCCCUUAGGGAAACAGUGGCAAAGGAGAUGGAACAAGUUAACUUGGAAAUGAAAAGACUUGACAGUGAGAGAAUAGAGAUCAAUUUGGAUCGUGAAAAAAGGGACAAAGAGUGGGCAGAGCUAAAUAAUUCUAUAGAAGAACUUAAGGUGCAAAGGCAGAAAUUGGAGAAACAAAGGGAAUUGCUGCGUGCAGACAGAGAAGAGAUUCUUGCUCAGAUUGAGAAGUUGAAUAAAUUGGAGGAUUUGAAAGUUGUCCCUGAUCGUAUUGUUGCACCUGAGAUGAAACAAGGUGAUCCACAGUCUGUUAAACGAAAGGCUUCUGCAAAAAGAUUUUCGAAGCUCCAGGCUGAAUUUAAUUCAGGUCACAAAGAAGGUGAUGAUGUCAUUAGACGUGAGUUGUCUCCUAAGAAAGGUUCACUUAUCUCCUCUCCUCCGCUUGCAGUUCCUUUGUCAUGGCUCAAACGAUGUGCUGAUACACUGCUGGAGCAAACACAAAGUACUAAGAAAAGAAGGCAACAAAAAGAUGUUGUAGUGACACAAUCAGAAGAGAUCAUGACCCCCUGUACGUUAUCAACACAAUCAAAUGCACCUGAGGAUGAACCGGCAGCGAUGUCAUUGGAUCAAACUCCAGGCAGUGCCCAGGAGACAACUGUAUAUGUUGAUAAGAUCAUCACAGUCCGGGAAGUAACCUCAGUUCAUGGUGGAAGAGUGACAGGGGACAAUCAGCUUCAGGAAGAAGAUGUGUCCCAGGAGAGUGAUGAGAAGCUUGGAAAUAAUGGCACUUUCAAACCUGAUGAAAACGGGAAGAUUGAGCAGAAAGUUUAA